AUGGCCGCCGAAGACCAGACCGCCGAAGCAUCGCGCGCAUCGGACGACACAGCGUCGCAGCAGCAGCCGCCGGCGUCGAAAAUCCCGCAAUCGGGCGCGAUUCAGGGUAGCAAUGUGGCCGGACGGGAGCCGCAAGUUGACUUUCAAGGUCGCGUAUUUCCCUUCCCAAGCGAUCUUGAAGUUGGGACGGAUUCAUCGGACCAAAGCACCCGCGACGAUGAUUCCGCAAUUGGAGAGUCGGUCUUCGAGUCGACUGUGUCAAUGAGAUCGAGCAUAUACAACUACAUUGAAGAGAAUGGACGGACCUACCAUGCUUACAACUCCGGCAAAUACAUGCUACCGAAUGAUGAGAAGGAGCAGGAUAGACUUGCUCAGGAGUAUCCCGAAGCCGAAGUCGUUGGCACAGAUCUAAGCCCCAUUCAACCACAAUACGUUCCACCGAACUGCGUAUUCGAAGUCGACGAUGCCGAGGAUGAGUGGAACUUCAGUCGGCCAUUCGACUACAUCCACGCCAGGGCAAUCGUCACCUGCUUCAAAGACAACCGAGAUAUGCUACGGAAAAUCUAUGACAAUCUCGAGCCUGGCGGUUAUUUCGAGUUGCAGGAUCCCUGCUUGCCGAUGCUGAGUGAUGAUGGAACACUCGAUGGCACUGAGCUUGGCGAAUGGAACCGACUACUAGUCGAGGGCAUGUCCCGUAUUGGCCGAGACCUGAGCGGCAGCCAGCGAUGGGGCGAUUACAUGCGCGAAGCAGGCUUCGAAGAUGUGACGGAGCACCGUGUUUUUGUGGCUGUGAAUUCGUGGCCACGAGGUCAGAAGAACAAGCUUCUCGGCGCCAUCUCUCUGCAAAAUUUGAGCGAGGGAAUUGCAUCCCUCAGUACGGCUGUCUUUGCUCGGGUUCUGGGGUGGAGCAAGGAACGUAUUGAGGUGUUCCUAGCAGGCGUGCGAAAUGAUCUAAAAGAUAAGAAGAUCCAUGCCUAUGGAGUUGUAUAUUUUGCUUACGGGAGGAAACCGGGUGGGACAAAGGAGGAAACUUAA